CCGACGCUAACCACAGUCUGCUGAAUUUAUCUCAAUACGUUAAUAUUUAAAAAAAUAUAUUUUUUACGCUAGUGGAAAGUUAACUUUUUUUGGCUAGCUGUCCCGGUGGAGUCUCAUCACCAGGCGGACGGGUUGAGCGCGAGUGUCUAUUUGGGGGGUGUGACAGCACUCUCCAUACAGCUGUGCCGGGCUUGUUUAUGAGUUGAACAGGUUGCUGUACGGAGCGUUAGGGAAAAAGGAAACACACCGGCAAUGUUCUCGAGACACACACAGGCACUGACCGCCCGCCUUGACGGAGGACUUGCUGGUCAGAACCGCUGCCUAAUUUAAGCUGAAUGAACUCCAAGCCGGGCGCGAGCGGUUCGAUGUUUUUGUUGACAUUCGACCGUCAAACAUGGCAACUUUGAGAAGUAGCUUGUGUAUGACAUGAAUGACAAACAGGACAGGCCUUAUGUGUGCGGCGCUCCGGGCUGCUCUCAGCUGCACGCAUCUCUUCAUGUCUUUCUCACUCUGUCGGUGUGCUGCAGCGCUUCCAGUUAGAGGAACAUCUCAUCAUCCACAGACACAAGCAUGAGAUGACCCUCAAGUUCCCCUCCAUCAAGACGGAUACAGCUUUUACAGACCAGACUCCAACACCAACCCGAUUUUUGCAGAACUGUGAAGAGGUUGGUCUAUUCAAGGAGAUAGAAGAAGAGUUUCUUCAAGCACAAGAAGAGGAAAAGAGCAAACAGACGCUUUCUCAUAAUGGGCCAUCCUGUAUGAACCUGCUCAAACCCCAGCUUCACCUCCAGCACCCACAUCCCCAGCAACCCCUGCACCAUCCUCAGACCCAUCCCCUGCAGCAUCCCCAGUCUCAUGGACCCAUGAUAGGCCCCAGCUGCAGCCUGGCUGCCCAGCAAGCUCUGUCCUCCUCCCAGUCCGGAUCAGUCAUCACCCAGGCUCCUUCCACCCUAACACACUCAGGGCCGGUUCCUGGGCCGCUGUCCUCCCUCCUCCACAUGCGGAACAGACACAGACAACCGCUGCCGGCCUCCUUACCUGGCCCCCUCCCAGACAGCGCCAUGCAAGGGGCAUCUGCUCAGCACAUGCCCAUAGAGAAGCAGAUGUCGUGUAUAAUGGGUAUACCUGGUCCUGUACACAACCCCUCCUGUUCCUCACCUCAGAGAUCCAAACAGGCGCUGGGGCAUAAUUUCCAACAGCACCACCCAGGGAUGGUCGCCAUCAACAACCCUGUAACAUCCAUGGGCCACAUGAUGGAGAUGAUGUCGCAGCGUCAUCAGGCGCCUCCGCUACAACACCACCAUCAUCCUCCUCAUCAUCAUCAGCUUCCAGCUCCACCCCUCACCUACCAAACGCGAUGCCAUGCUCCACCUCCGCAGCACCUGGGAAGCGCUCACAGCCACCAGAUUCACCAGUCAGCGAAUGUACCGCACGCUCAGGCUCACCAGUCACCGCCUCCCCACCUGCACCAGGGCUCGCCUCCUGCACCUGCCCUGUCUGUUCCAGCACAGUUAUCACCAGUAUCACAGCAGAUGCAGCCAUCCCACUCCCAGCAUGCAGUGCAGGCAGGUGGUAGCUGCAGCGGUGGUGGAGGAGGAGGCAGCAGCCGUCGCAGGAGGACGGCAGAGCAUGACCCAGACGAACGCAGGCAGAAGUUUCUGGAACGUAACCGCGCUGCAGCCACGCGCUGCCGUCAGAAGAGGAAACUAUGGGUGUCGUCACUGGAGAAGAAAGCCGAGGAGUUGACGCAUACAAACCUGCAGCUACAGAACGAGGUGACGUCGUUGCGGUCGGAGGUGGGUCAACUGAAGCAGAUACUGCUCACCCACAAGGACUGUCCUGUCACUGCCAGGCAGAGAGAGGCACAGGGGUACCCCACUGCAGGGAUGAGCCCAGGAGGAAGUCCCACCAGUGUAGGUCCUGGGUCUCAUUUGCAGGCCAUCCAACACAACAGCAUUUCCACCUCCUCGACAGCUGGAGGCGACACAGGGCACGACCCCCAGCCUGGACACUAGCCCUCACCAUAUAGAGGAAGGGGUAGGGACUUGUGUGGCCGAAUCCUACCAGACUGAAUUAUCCUACUGUCAUAACCACACUAAAGUCUCACUCAGCUAUGGAUCUGUGUCUCAUUGUAGAUGAAAUACUGAACUGGAUAGGUGAAUUCAAAAAUGCAUGUGAACACUGAGGUAUUUUUCAACAUUAUUAUCAUCUUUUCUGGUUGGAGAGAAGACCAGAACCACAUACUGGUACAUUUCCAUAACAGGUGCAAAAAUGACCUUUUCUGAAAGCCUUGUUAAAAACUGUGAUGGUUACAUGGCAACUGGAUCCUGUGUUAAUUCAGAAAAUGUCUGUUUCUGUUCACAGCAAUCUAACCAUUGCCUGCUACCCCUUGACUAUGGACAUACACAAUCAUAGCACAUCUUUUCUGUACAUUUUGCUCUUAUAUCUUGCACUAAUUUUGAAAAAACAAAGCCUAUAUAUUAGUUGUAUAUUUCUAACUGAGCAUCUGCGAGUGCAUACCUUAUGCCUUUUCUUGGAUGCAGAGUCAAAAUGUAUUUUUCUACAAAUAAUUCAUGCUAUGGCAAAAAUGAAAUGUCUAUUUUGAGAUUACGAAGCAACCCCACAACUGUCUUGGAAAGCCAUUUAAAAAAUGAUUGUACAGUAUUUUCUUUCAGGCACCUUUUUCUAACUGCCCUAAGACACUAAAUAAUUAAUAAACUGCACCUCAUGUCUCAAUCCUUGUCAGUUAAUAAAAACACUUAUUCUGCUA